AUGGCGCGUCCGAGUACGGUCGCCGCCCGAUGCGCUGCGCUAGGCACGUCCAUCGCCCAGAUUGUCCCGGACAUCAGCAGCUUUGCGCGCAAAGUCCGCCGUGCCCGCCAUGACCUCAAUGCCAUCAACACCAACCUGCUCAUCAUCAAGACGGGCCUCGGCGUGGCGCAGGACGACUUUUCCAAGCGGGCCGCCGACCUGCCUCCCUCGCUCGUCGAGGCCAUGUCCCGCAUCAUCGACUCGUGCGACGACACCAGCGGCCGUCUGCAAAAGACGUUUCUCAAGCUGUCGUGCAGUGCACAGCCAGCCCAGGACUGGCGCGACCUCAACGAUGGCCAUCUGGUGAACCUGCGCCAUGACCUCGACGCCUCGCGAGCGGUCCUGGAGCUGGCCCUCGAUUACAUCAGCCUAUUCGGCCACCCACACACCCUGGACUCGGCUCUCCAGAAUUAUGUCAACGGUCUGUUUACACACAACGACGAUCUUUCAAAGCGGACAGAUACGGAAGAGAUCUUCGUCAAUCAAACAGCACGAGAGACGCUGUCUCCCCUACUCCAGGCAGUUCGCUUACUCCGGUCGUGCAUCACCGCUAGUUCGAGAGAAGGCACGCCCGUAACACCGCCACAGCCAAAGCGAUCCGUCAUCCCCCGCCCAGAUUCACUAGAGCCGGCCCUUGGCGAGACGCCCCGGAGUGGCAGGAAGAGUCCUAAUGGCAGAAUAAGCCCGAAUGGCCAGAAUUGGGCGCUUACGAUUGCAGAUGACAGUAGCAUUGGCACUUGGCUCGCCAAUGUUCCUUCAUUUGAAGAGGCCCAGCCGCUGUCGUGUUCCCACGUGAACUCGACGUCAGUGUUGCGAAUUGUAGUCCCUGAUUCGAGAGACGCGACCCCAUCACGCGGUACCUUCUUCACCGACGACGGUGCAUCCUCGGCCCAGACCCUGGUCCCCCCAGAGCCAUCGCGAUUGAGGAAGUCGUAUAGCUGGUGUACUGACUUGUCAGGCAAAGCGAGUACCAGGUUGAAUCUCGCAUCAUCCUAUGCCUCUAAACAUGCAUCCAAAUACGCUUCCAUCGUAUCCGGCUCCGACGUGUCCAUCUUCCAUAAGAAGAUUACGUCUGAUCGUAUCGCCGUGUCGAAAGCAAAGCGAAAAGAGCUCGAGCCUCGGCAGAGAGAGGCAGUCGACCGCAUUCUGGCCAACAUACCUGCAGAGGCCACGCCUGCCGAGGUAGAAAGAGUCAUGUGGGAGGGUGCGUCACCCAUGACGGCGCACCCUGAAUUUGGGUUUUUCUUCAUGCGGGUGGCGUACGAGAUGACGCCAGAAAUACUGCCCCUCCUAAUGGACUUUGGGGCGGAUAUUACGCGUACAAAUGUCGCGCCAACAUCAUACUAUUCGGUCGUACACGCCGCCACGCUAGGCCGCCAGCUCGAAACAGUACGCUACCUUGCUUCACUCGGCCACUCACUGGAUAUCCCGGAUUUUCACGGCGAAACACCCCUUCAUCUUGCCAUUAGGACGCCGGGAGCGUCGGCAAUAGCAAGAUACUUGGUAGAAGCAGGAGCAGACGUCAACUCGGAAUCAGCGGCUGGACAAACACCGCUACAGACAGCGCUCAAAACACCCGGACUCGAAAGCCGAGAGCGCAGCGUCUUGAUUGCGCUCCUGAUAGCGCACGGCGCAGAGGGCGAGGCCGAGGUCAAGAGAGUCAUGGAGAAUAGAAGGGGUAAUGAAAAGGGGAAGAGUGUACUUGGACUUACUUGACGGCCCAGGUGAGCCAUGACCGAGCCUCGCGCUUCCAAUUUUUUUUUCUUUGUGUAAUUGGCAGUAUUUUGACUGAAUCGCCUCGACUCCAUGGCAGCAUAGCCCUGUCCUUGUUGAAUGGCUUGCAUUUCUUUGUACAUUCUAGGGCUAGUGAGUGGCAGGCAUGGCUGUAUAUCCCUUACCACGCCGGCUUCUCGACAUUUAUAGAAACAUCAUCAGUGCUUCGUCUAUUAUCU